GCCUUGUAGCUAUAAAUUGGAACCUGAGAUCUCGUGAUCGUCGGAUGAAUAAUGAUCCCAAUGAACCCCUGGCGAGGUCUCGACCUGAAGUUUGAACCCCAAUGUUUUGGUUUGGAUGCGUUCAAUAUGUCGUUCCUGUCUUUAAAUAGGGGCAGUAUAGCCGCGUCCAUCCCUAGUGGACUCUUAUCAUGGACGAUUACCAGAGCCUCGUCGUGGCUCAAUUCUUCGAAUCACUGCCAAAUCUCUCCCAAGAAUCAUGUCACCGGUUCGCCUUGCACCACAUUGCCCCAAUUCUUCAUCCCAACACUCCCGGCAAGGUAGAUAUCCAACCCAGCGCUUUCCAGGGAAGCAUGAGCUAUACCAUCAUAUUACAUACUCAUUUCACGGACGCCAAUCAUCGCAUUGCCGUCCAGUUCCGAAGCGACAAGCAAGACCUUUUCGGAGUCACCGAAGCUAGCCACAUUCAUGGAUCUAUUGUACCUCUGGUAACAUACCAGGGCAUGUAUGAAGGGCUCUUUGUGUAUACAUCGCCUUUUGCAGAAGGGACACCUUAUAUCAGUGUCUUGAUGUCUUCCGAGGAUUUUCACCUGCCUCUUCCGAAGAAGAGGGCGACCGUCAUGGACCUUGCAGACCUCGUCACUAGAGGAGCCAGAACGAACACUGCUAGAGUUGACAGUGCUCUAUCCGACCUCACUUCUACCCUGGAGAGAAUCCAACAUACGGUCAAUAAUUACAGUUUUCGACAUGCAACCCUCAGAAACAAAAUUUUUGCUUGCAUCCGCAAGCUCUUACUACAGCUCCCCAAUCUUACUACCCUCCCGGUCACCCUUACCCACCAGGAUCUUGCCCCUUUCAAUUACCUGAUCGACGACUCUACGGGUCGGGUGCAGGCUGUACUAGACUGGGAUGGGGCUCUUUAUCUCCCAGUUGGGUCGAAUUUCCAUUUUAUGGAUAGCCUCUUCGGGUUCAUGACCCCAAGAGGUUGGCAAGACACAGAAGACCGACAGGAACUAGAGACAGCGUUUUAUAAUCGGGUUCUAGCUCAUCUUGCUGCGCAAGGAUUUGAAGGAAUAACAAAAGAGCAACUAGAGUCUCAAAAGGCGAUUGGGAUGUUACUGUAUGGUGUGGACCGACUUCUCAAGUUCAAAGACGAACGAGCCGAGCACUAUCUAGAUGGAUAUCUUCGAGGGUUACAGUCUCUUUCAUGAAUGGAUUCUUUAUUGUCGUAUUAGAUCAUUGCUUGACGGGGACAUUGAAGCUUCAGAGUAUGCUUAACCCGAAAGGCUACAGGAUUAAGGGCCAUUCAGAAAAGUAACGAGGAAUGGCCGCGCGCCGAUCUCGCACAAAAUCAAAGUUACUGAGGUUUCGGUGUGGUAGUAUGUGCUUAAUUUCAUACUUCUGCAGAUAUAUAGCGAAACGACUCGUAAUUUUGCGGCUUUCGUCUAUAGGGAUUCAUUGAAAUCUGACUUCUGGUAGAAUUGUUGUCA